AUGAGGAGGAUGAACUGUGGUUCAACAAGACGCGAAGAAUGCAGCGAAGAAUGUGCAGGCGGCAAUACGGAAGAAGAAAUGGAAGAGUACGCUGAAAUCUUUGAAAGUCUAGAAGAUUAUCGUACUGAUGUAAAGAAGGGUAAUCAACCAAAACGUAAAAAUGAAGUUUCUGAGUCGGAUACUGAUUCUGAUUCUGACUCAGACUCGGAUACGGAAUCGGAUAGUACCAGUGACUCAGAUUCUGAUUCUGAAUCAGACUCCGAUUCAGACAGUGAAUCGGAUACAGACUCUGAUACCGAUGACGAAGAAGACGACGAUAAUGACGAAGAAAAAGAAGAAGAAAAAGAAUCAGACAGUCGUUCAAAGAAGAAAACCAAGAACGUACGUUCAAACAAGCGUAGUAAUCAAAAAGGUGGUAAAUCAAAACGUCAUAAUUAA